AUGGGGGUGGCCGAGCAGCUCCUGCGCGCGGUGACCAUGGGCUCCCCAGGCUCCAGCAAGCACACCCUGUCAUUGCGCAUCGCCAGGCACUUCGAGCUGAAGAAGCUCUCCAGCGGGGAACUGCUCCGAGACAACAUACUGAGGGGCACAAAAACUGGUGUGCUGGCCCGGCCUUUCAUGAGGCAGGGGGAGCUCAUCCCGGACGACAUCAUGACUCCGCUGACCCUUCAGGAGCUGAAAAACCUCGCUCAGUACAGCUGGCUGCUGUGUGGUUUCCCCAGGACACUCCCACAAGCGGAAGCCCUGGAGAGAGCGUAUCAGACACACCUGGUGCUGCACCUGAACGUGCCCUUUGAGGCCAUCAUGCCACGCCGCUCUGCUCGCUGGGUCCGCCCAGCCAGUGGCCGCGUCUACAACCUCGAAUUCAAUCCUCCCAAAGUGGUGGGCGUGGAUGAUCUGACGGGGGAGCCUCUCAUUAAGCGCGAGGACGACAGGCCCGAGAUACUCAUCAAGAGACUGAAGGCUUACGAAGACCAAACAAAGCCGGUCCUGGAAUAUUACCAGGAAAAGGGCGUGUUGGAAACCUUCUCUGGAACAGAAACCAACAAGCUCUGGCCCUACAUACAUGCUUGCCUGCAAACCGAAGUUCCCCAUGCCCACUGGAAGCAUUGGUUUUUCCAUGAGGAAAAAUGCUCGUAA